AUGGAGGGGAAGAAGGUGGUGGUGGUCGGUGCUGGCCCGGUCGGAUCGCUGGCGGCACUGUAUGCCUCCUCUCGCGGGGCCGUGGUGGAGAUAUAUGAGCUGCGUGACGACCUUCGCAAUGCGGACACGACGCCUCUCAAUUUCACCAAGUCAAUCAAUCUCGCCUUAUCCAAGCGGGGCAUCGACGCUAUCCGGUCAACGGGAAACGCCGAUCUUCUUGACAAGAUCCUGGCGCGGACGAUCCGCAUGUAUGGGCGAAUGAUCCACCUCCGCUCCUCCAGUGGCGCUUUACUUCAACAGUCCCAAGCAUAUGACGUUCGUGGCCGGUUUCAGCGUUCUGUGGACCGUGGGGAACUCAACAAGGUCCUCCUCGACCAUCUGGACUCGUUACCCAAUGUCGAGUUCUUCUUCCAGCACAAGAUGACAGGCGCGGAUUUCCGGAAGAAGAAGGCUUGGUUUGAAGUGAUGGACAAGACCAGUACCACUCCGUCGGACCGUCCUCAGGAGAUCGAGGUGUCUUUCGAUUUCUGCAUCGGUGCAGAUGGUGCCCAUUCUACCACGAGGCAUCAUAUGAUGAAGUUCGCCCGCAUGGACUAUUCUCAAAUAUAUAUUGACUGCUUGUGGUGCGAGUUCACCAUGCCCCCGACCAAGGAGGGGGGUUACGCCAUGCCCCCAACUUACCUGCACAUCUGGCCGGCUGGCAGCUUCAUGUUCAUCGCCCUCCCCAAUCUCGACAAUACUUUUGUGUGCACGCUCUUUGGGCCUGUCGAGCUGUUCACCAAGCUCGAGAACGGGACAGAUGCGGAGCUGAUCUCGACCUUUGACAAGUAUUUUCCCGGAGUGACCACAUUUAUCCCACCUGCGGACCUGGUGGCCCAGUUUAAGCGCAACCCACACCUGCCGCUGAUCAGUAUCAAAUGUUCGCCGCACCAUUUCGGCGAUGGUGUCGUCAUCGUCGGUGACGCCGCCAAUGCAAUGGUGCCAUUCUAUGGUCAAGGGAUGAAUGCAGGAUUGGAAUCGGUUCGCGUUUUAUUCUCUAAGCUCGACGAGACCUCGAACAGAGCAGAAGCCCUCGCCAAAUACAGCGUCGAACGAACUGAGGACACGCACGUCAUUGCAGACUUGGCGUUGGCGAAUUACAUCGAGAUGCGCUCUUCUGUAACGUCUCCAUUGUACAAGUUGCGCAAGUUCAUCGAAGAGAGGCUCGACAAGUAUGUCCCUAGCUUGGGAUGGGCAACCCAAUAUUCGCGAGUCAGCUUCAGCAACAUGAGAUACAGCGAGGUCAUCAAGAGAUCAAAGAGCCAGAAGCGUAUACUUACGACUUUUCUGGUUGCUGCGACCGGAACAGGCGUGUUGGGCACGGCGGCAGGUGUUUGGUUGUUGUGGACGAGGUUGCGGCAUCAAAAGAUGUUUGGCCUCCCAUGGCCUGGCAGGUGA